AUUAAUAAGUUUUUGAAAUCAAUCUCAGACACUUCAGAUUAUUUCCAUUAUAAUUGUUUGUGUUUUUUGUUGUAUGUGAAUAUGUUUGGUUGAAUGUGUUUAAUUAAUUAAUUAUCUGCAAACGAUAAAACACAAGUAAGAAUGUCAGCCUGUUGAUGUACGGAUGCUUUAAUUUGCUYCUUGUGAUUUUCCUUUGAUCCGUUGUUUAUAAUUUUUCUCUUUUCCUCUGUACUUCUUCUCGUCUGUGAGAGGUUUCAUUGAGAGUACGCAAAACAUUUAUAAACAAAUGUGUUCAUUAAUCAUGCAAGCUGAUCCGGCUCACGCUSUCAUGUCUCCCCACAGACGUGUCAGAGGCCUGUUUGUGAUUUAAGGCCCAGGAAAGUUGUUGAUUUCCACCACAAUGCCCCCUUCCUCACUUUCACGCACAUAAAACUCUGUCGGACCAUCUAAAUAUAGUUUUCCUGGUCGCACGGGCCGGUCCAGGCAUGGUGUGUCCAGUCCGGGGCGUUUGAGCGAGUCCGUUCUCAGCGCAGACACAGUUAGCAAUCCCACGAGAAAGUCUUGGAUAGAAUUUCCCCCCCAGUGCCUUCAGUGUUAUUAAUAAACAGAAAAGGUGGCUGUGUUUUCUACACAGACACAGAGAGCUWCUUGAAGCUAAAAUCAAACUCUACUCAAAGAUACUGGAGCUUCUGAUGUGAAAAAGCUCAUCAUGAGCGMUCAAAGACCAGCAGAGGACAUGGAGGAUAUCUCAGAAAACACCCACAGUACAUUAAAGAUGGAUCCAGCAGAUCUGAACGCCCUGGGGGAACUUUUCGAGCACCGGAUCCAGCAGGUGUCCGGUCUGGAGAGGCAGAGAGACGAGCUGACCGGGGAGCUCCUCGCUCUGCGGGAACCCGUCCUGCGGGUCGUGGAGCUCCUCAGGGGGAGGCUGGUGAAGGCCCAGAGGCUGCUCGAUCUGGCUCAGCUGGAUUAUAAGGCUGUUUAUGAGGAGGUGCUGCAGGUGAAGAGGAAACUGUUCACCACAGCCAGAGACUGCAUCCAGAACCAGGUGACCCUGGCUGCACAGCAGUAUGACGUGGCCCAGUCCGCUGUCACACAGGAGGAGCUGAAGGCGCACCUCCAGCACCUGACCCAGGAGCUGGCCCAGCUGCAGGUCACUCAUCAGAACCAGUUGAACUUGAUCCGGGAUCAGGCCUCGAGACCCCGCAGGCCCAGAGCCAUGAGCGACGUCAGCCAGUGCCGGAGGGCGUCCCUCAGCCUGCAGCGGAGGCUCAGCGGCAGCGUGAGGGACCUGGAGGACCGGUACGAGCCCAGGCUCAUGGCCCUGCUGAAGAGGAGGCAGUUCGGGGAGGAUGCCGUGAGGAGCUGCAGGGAGCAGGCGGCGGACCUGAGAGCCCGCCUGGGGCCCCUGGUAGAGGACAUGCAGAGGCUGGAGACGCAGAGGUCCUUCCUGGAGAAGAGGAUCCGUCUCAUGGAAACACAGAGGGAGGAGAGCGUCACACAUCACCAGGAGACGGUGGAGAGACUCCAGGAGACGCUGAGAGAUCUUCAGCUGGAGUUUGAAGCUCAGAAACAAUCAAGAGGAGAUUUGGAGCAACUCACAAAAGGCCUCAAAGCAGAACUCACAAUCCUGAGAGGACCGGAUGAAUCCAAUGACGCCUCCGCUGAAGACGACCAAACGUCCAGCGAUUCAACUCACUACCAAGAAACAAGACAUACAGCUUUACUGUAAAUAUUUUAUUAUGAAUAUACUUAGGUACACAAAAGAUCAGAUGCAGCACAGAAACACAAAAUGCAGAAAUGAAAACACACACUCUGGAAAACUACCAUAAAAGGAGAACCUACAGUAUGUACAGCUGGUUUCAAAAUGGAUCGUCAUGUUCUCUGCWCAACUAAUAUUAUUAAAAAAUAAUCAAAUUUCAACCUUGAAUGAGAGCAGACACGCACGUCUGACGGAUUCUUUACAAACCAGAAGUGAUUUUUAUUAAGAAAACAAUCAAAUUUAAAAAUCAGAACGAAAACAAGACAUUUUAAAUAUGUCACGACACGACAGUGCAGAGGUUUAUUCUUCCACUUUCUACAAAAAAAAAAAAAAAAAAAAA